CCCUACAAGCAGAAGACCAACCGACUUGGGCCUACUUCGCUCACGAUAUGAUACCCCGCUCCCCAGUAAGCACAGAAAGGAAUAUAAGUCUAGACAUUAAACAGAAUAUAUUCCUGCAAUCCUUCAAAACGAAGAAAUCAAGUCUCCCCCGAAACCUCCAGAGUCUACUGGAGGUAGCCAACGAGACGGGGCUUCGAGCGGAAGGUAUUUUUCUAGAAAAAUCAUCCGAGACCGGCCAAUCUGGUAUCACUCAAAUGCUGACCCCAGAAUUAGGCUGCUAACAAAAUCUGCGGCAAGCACAUGUCUACGAAACAACCGCAACCUGUGACUAGUCAGAGAAGCAGAAGAAAUUGCAUCCUACCUGGAUGAACCAACUCAUAACCCCUGGCGCAUCUCGGACUGUGAGCACCAUAUCUGUGCAGCCAUGAGAGAGAAUCUGGAAUGAUCCAAAACGAACGCAUGCAUGCUCAGGGCAAAGGAUCUGCUAGAUACCCUCCCAAGCAAAUGGGACCCAAGAUUCAUGCUGCCAGAGGACUACGAAGAAGCCCCCAAGGAAAUUGAAGGGGGAUUCGAGUUUGAUCGAAGAAUCACAACUUACGGCUCUGUAGCAGCAAUAUUCCAGAUUUUCACACAGAAGGGGGAGUUUUCAUAUCGACUUCGGCACAAACUAUCUGGAACGUUCGGUGCGAGAGGGUCAUUAAAAGGGAGGACUGUAACUUCUCGCCGGAUUCAAUCAAAAAUGUGGGCAAGAAAGUUAAACAAACGCCUUGAACUUGAUUGCUCGAUGACUCAUAAACGGUUCGGAAAGAAGGCCCUUCCAAAGGACCUAGUUUUGAAAACUUGUUAGGGGCCACUCCGGAAUGAGAAAAACCUUCCACCAGACUGGACGGGGGAGAGCGGGGUUUUAGUGGGUACAAUAUUGUGAAGGAAUAAGUCCUAAGUCCCACACUGCUCGUGGAUAAAGCAUUUCCUUCGCAGUUAACAUUCACUAUCUUCUAAGUGCACACUGACAUAUCGGCUUGGUUUGAAUCCCAGGCUCCCCAAGGCUGCAUGUUGGAAGCGACUGUGUCGCCGGACCGCCUCUGCAAUAGCCUCAAUCAAAAAGAAAAAAAAGGUAUCGUGAAGCUCGCGAAGGCCAAAGCUAGACGGUAGCAAAGCCGCUGAACCGAGAGCGAGCCAUUGGAAACAGGUGAGUGCACACAUGUUUCCGUUGAAAGGUCGUCGUGCAG